AUGGCUGCAACAGGGGGAACAGCGAGGGAUUCAAUGGACAAGGCCUCCAUUCCUUCUGAUAUCUCACUGCUAUGGCAGCGAGCGUUGGACAAAUAUCAAGAAAACACGGGUAAAAAUCUCGAGGAUAUGCCCCAUUUUACAAAUGUCGAAGAUAUCCUCGAUGAUGCCCAGCUGCAGCAAACCGCUUUUGAUAAAUUCCGACACGAUGGCGAAUUGCUCGACAGGAUUCGAUCCUCUGUUGCAGGAAAUAUUAAUUUUUUGGAAUCACUCAAAUUCCUCGUAGAUGGUGCUGCUUUGACAACCAAACACAUUUCUUCAGAUUAUGAUCAGAUAGUCGAUUUCUUCGAUUCGAUGAAGACUUUUCUAGAACGUUUAUCAAUCAUUGAGGGCAAAUUGCCUUCGAUUCUCGCAUACGUGUCUCAUGUUAUGCGCGUCUUCUCGGCUAUGUUGACCAUAGAUGGUAUUGCAACCACGUACAUUAAGAAAGGACGAUGGAAUCUUGAAUCUGCCUCACUCACUGUCAUCCUUGUUACGAGCCUAGACGUAAAGCAGGACACAACGGAAAUUGCUAUGCAAACCGAAAAAAUUGGCAUUAGCAGCCAGAGAAUCGAGUCUAGAACUGAAAGGAUGGAAGUAUCCAUCCUCGCCCAACGAGAUGAGUUCCACGAAAUGUCAGCGAACUUCAAAAAAUUGCUGAAAAAUCAGCAGAAGGAAGCAAGAAAGAUGCAGUUACACGAUUCGGGGAAAGCCGCAGAUGCAACAACACGCAAGCAUGCAGCCUUCAAUUCCGUGAAACUUUACUUCGAGAACAACAUUGACCCCUCCUGGCAGGCUCGAGAUAUUGAAUACUCUUUUGUAAAGGGAUCAGCUAAAUGGGUUUUAGAUGAAGACGCUUACCAGAUAUGGCGUGAAGGGGCCACUAAUCCAUAUCUAUGGAUCUCCGGUGACCCUGGCCUUGGGAAAACCUGCGUCGCCUUUUUACUGUCUAAAGAAUUAACAGAAUCCGCUGCCUCGGAUCCGAAAACUUCAGUUGCAGCAUUCUACUUUCAAGAUGACCAAGCCGAAUUUAUGUCCCUGUCGAAUGCGAUGUCCAGCAUUAUUAUCCAAAUUGCAGGGGGGAAUGGGUCCUAUUGCGAGCAGGCAUCGUCAGAAAUAGGAAACGACGGAGUUGAUGCUGAUGACUGGACCGACUUAUGGGAGCGGUUUUUCCAAUCCAAUAAUUUCUAUGAAAAGAUGGCUAACUCUACGUUAGCAAUGCUAUAUGUCGACCAUAUGCUGAGACGAUUCAAUUCCAUCGGUAGGGAAGGAGCAGUACUGAAGGAUCUUGAAACGAGCCUUCCAGAUAAUCUCCAAUCCGCUUAUGAUAUUUUGUUAACUGAAGUUCAACAGCGAAGAACUUCCGAACACCUGCUAAUAUUCAAGCAACUAUUACUGUGGCUGGCGUUCGCAAAACGUCUCUUAACUGUCGGAGAAGUGGAGGGAUUGGUCACACUCUUAGACCGGGACCGGUCGUAUAAUAUAAUAGAAGAGGUUGAAGGAAAAUCAUCAAGAUCUCUACGGGACCACUUCCGUGCUGCUGCCGAUGUGAGCGAAACAUGUUUACGAACCAAGCCGUCCUUGGCUCAUCUCACAAUGUUUGAGACGUCUGUGAAUGUCAUCUGUGGCUGUUACAGUUUUACAGACAAAUCCUCAAGAAAUCAUUUAAAAGGUUAUGCCGUUAGGUUUUGGGCUGAUCAUUUUAUGGAUCUUGAUCCCCUUUUUGCACCAGAGCCGGAUGUUGUGCGAGUCGUUGAAUCUCUAUCUCUCAUCCUGAACAAUUCCAAUAAUGCGGCAAAUGAGCUCGAAUCAGGGCCAGUUUACCGCGAUAUUUUUGGGAAGACAGUGAAACGUCGAAAUCGGUUUUUAAGAUCUGUUUCACAAUGGGUUAGUAGAGCAUCACUGGAAGAUAUGAAGCUGAGUGAUGGAGCAAAAUUGUGGAUGGAAAAGGCUGCCCAGUCUCCAUUGAAGAUAAUGGUUCCGCUUGCUCGGGGCCAUGUCAUGAAUUGGUUCCAGCAGGUGAAUGAAGAGAACGAACCUUUUGAUUUUAGUGCCGAUGCACUCUUGAUGGUAACUAAGCAUCAUGAAACUCCUAACUUCGCAUUCUUCUGGCUUCUAACCGCUGGUAUUUGCUCCCAGACGGAUCUCUGCCCACCAAUACCAGCCAAACAUAUCACCGAUGCGAAAUAUAUUAAAAGGUUUUCGGAGAAAUCUGGAAAAAAUCACCACCAAUACAAUUCCAUGGCGUAUAAAACGAUAUGUGAAGCCCUUGCCAAUCAGCCUUCAGUGGAUGAUCCCACUUCGGAAAAGGAAACACUCCUCUUGAUCCGAAAAGCGCUGCUAGUCCGGGGUGACUGCGAGAGCGAGAUGGAUAAGCUAAAUGAGGCUGUGGAAUCUUACGGGAAGGCAAGGGCCAUUUGGCCAACUGAGAUUUUAGAUGGAAAAUCCCUGAACGGAAUAACCUCAAUUCUUGGAGAACAAGAGAGAUUCGCAGAGCUUAUUGAGAAUGUCGAACAAUGGACAUUUUGGGAACGGAUGGCUUGGCUGACGUCUGAAGAUGAAGAUAAUAGGCACGAUACGUUUCGUCAAGCAGCGGCCAAGGUUGGAAAAGAAGAUUUUUUAAUCAAAACAUAUGAAGAAAUAAUAGCAUAUCUGGACCAUUCGAAGUCAUCCGCCACUAUCCGCUGGGAACUUGCUUCUUUUUAUCAGACGAUAAAGGGUGACUUCGCAACGGCGAAACAUCAAUUCUAUAAAAUAAUAGAUGGAGAUUCGUUCAUCAGCCCGGCCACUGGUGAUGAAGAUUUAUCAACCCUUUCCGAAACCCAACUGGACCUUACCGAUAUUAUAUACGAGGAGUUUCGGCGAGCAGAUACCGUCGAGAACAAGAUAGCAUCCAUGGAUGAAUUGAAAAAGCUACAAACGCGACGACGCAGGGCUGCUGUGGACGAUGGAGACGUUUACGAAACCGCUGGUUCUAUAGUGUUAGCCAAUAUGUUUCGCAAGAUGGGUCCUGCCCAUGAGUUCAAAAAUGUAUUGGAGAAAACAUUCCAAAAGUGCAUGUCAUCAUUAACUGAUGAUAGAGGCUGGAAUGACCAAAACAGUAUGUGCCUCCUUGCUAAGGUCCUAGCUUCUGUUGGUGGAUUGGAAAGGGAGGCCCAGAUUGCAUUCUCAGCACAGUUCUACAUUGUUGAUCCAGCAGUGGAGCAUUUUUGGUCAAACGAUGAGGAGUCCGAAUGGAGCACUGACAGCGAAGAUGGGAGUUGUGAAAGCAACACUUCUUCCGAUUCUGGAUCCUGGCUCAGUGAGUCUGACACCAGCGCCGGCUCCUCGAAAUCCGGCAAGAGAAGAAAUAAAAAUGAAGAUUUCGCCCCCAACACCGACUAUGUAUGUAACGGAGAGUGUGAGGACGACGAUAUUGAGUCCUGGGAUGAUGGCGUAGUCUAUCUUUGCAUGAUAUGUUGCAAUUGCGAUCUAUGCGAGGAAUGUUAUCAAAAACGCCAGGCACAUAAUAAGAAUUCGACUGAGAAUAAUCACUGGCGGCGGUAUUGUGGAGCGAAUCAUUGGUAUAUUAAGGGGCCAGUCGAAGGAUGGAAGGGGAUCAAGGAUGGUUACAUGACCAUUGGAGAAGAGAAGAUUAAGUUUUUAGAUUGGUUGGAGGAGAUUCGAACGACGAAGUGGAAGAAAGCGUGGGAGCAGUUUUGGAUGAAAGAGGACGUCAGAGGGGAUAUUUUGGGAUAA